UACAACAUAAGCCUACGAUUAAUUUAUUUGUAACGUUCGUCAAUAGGUUACAACGAAGGGAACCGUACAGUCUGCAGUCGUAGUUGAGGUUGAGUUGAGCGGGGCCCCUUGAAGCGCGGGGCCCUAGGCAGAUGCCUCGUCCGCCUGCCCCUAAGCACGGCCCUGCCCGGAGGUAAUGUUUAGUGUUGUGGCAGCUCACAGAACUUUGACACUUGUUGAGGACAGUCACGAGGUAGACUGUCAUGUACUUGUCUGAUCUUCUCUCUCUUCGCUCUUCCAAACCUCCCCCGUCCUUUUAUUCUUUCUGAACUCUAUCAUGAUUUGCUAGUGCGUCGGUCUUUAUACUUUUGUCGGAAUCUGUCCGUAUGUCGGUCUGUCUGUCGGUCUGUCCCGACUCUAUAUCCUUCAUGCAUACAAGCACACACGCAGGAUAAUUAAUCAGUGCAAGCAAACAGGGAAUUAGGUCGCUUUAGUCUACGGGUGUGAGCCCACCCGUUAGCAGUGCCUGGCACUAAAGUGAAGGUGGGGGGCGUGUCUCUGACCACUCACAUCACAUGACAUCCACUUCAUCUACUUACCACCUACGACAUCACAGACCUACCCAGGCACUUACCCUGCAUUAAUAACUUUUGUUCCCCGAGACAACCGACUUCGGUUAAAGGAGACCAGGGUGGCAGUAACGGUCUUUCUCAAUUGAACACCGGCCGUCGGGUAGUGGAGAGACGAGGACAGGACAUCUUGAAAGACAAGAGUAACAGCGACUAAAAAAACAACAACAAAAACAAAGAAAGAACAAAAGAACUGAGGUUUUUUCCCACCUCGCAAUCUGAGGGAGAGGCGGUGACAUGGGUGUCCGUGGCCGACCGGUGAUUCUGUUGUUUGUCGCAGUUGUUGCCUCCAUGCCGAGCUCAGGUAAAAGAUUUUUCUUUCUGUCUAUCGUUUUCAUCACACCACCUGGCUUCCUGACACCAUCUCCUGUAUAAAUAAAUACAGAGUUCGACAGUAUAACGAUCCAUAGAGCUGAUAUCUGCACGAUGGUUUAUCAAAGUUCUAUUGGCAUCGCCAGUUGAAAACAGAUGAGAUGAUCGUGGAAAGAUGCGAUCUUGUAAGAAAAUUUCCAUUUUGAUGACUGAGUAAAAGUUGAUUUAAAAACAAAUUUUAACAAAUCCGGCCCCCCAAAAACCUACAACAAACUUAAAAAAAAAAAAAAUCAAAAACAAACAAACCGAAAAGAAAACCCACAAAAAAAACAAACAAACAAAAAUAAAAAACAACCCAAAAAACAAACCUAAAAGAAAACAGAAACAAAGCCUCACAGAACGGGGCAGACUACUUAGUAAUUAAAAGAAAGUAGGUAUCAAUACCAUGUCCCUGGUGCAGGCAAUGCUCGUCCUACCGACUGCUCGUGCGAGAAGGAGCCCUAUAACAUGGUGUGUGGCAAGGACGGCAACAGCUACGAGAACAACUGCCUCGCGGAGUGCGCAGGGACAGGGGUGGUUUCCUCUGGGAAGUGUGCGAACUCCGUGGGCUGUAUCUGUACUGAGAGGUUUCGAACCUGUCUGCGGGUCGGAUGGAAACACGUACGGGAGUCGUUGUCAUCUGGAGUGCGCAAAUGCUCACUUCGUCUCCGAGGGAGACUGUGCACUUCCCUCUAAGUGCUCCGAGUGCGGGGAUCACAACCACGAACCCAUCUGCGGUGCCGACCUGAAGACCUACGACAACGUCUGCCUGCUGGACUGUCACGGCGUGCAGUUUCUGCACUACGGGGAGUGCACGCCACCCACAUGCCAGUGCCCGGGUACCUUCGACCCCGUGUGCGGGGCGGAUGGCCUCACCUAUGACAACCUGUGCACGCUGGAAUGCACGGGCACCGCCUUUGUCAGCCAGGGGCACUGCCCCACACACGACCUGUGCCUGUGCCCCCACAUCUACCUCCCAGUGUGCGGCCAGGAUGGAGUCACCUACAACAACGAGUGUCUCAUGAGAUGCGCCGGCGUGAGUCAGGCCUCGGAGGGCGCGUGCAGCACGCACGACGCUCCAUGCAAGUGCAACACGACCUACAACCCCGUGUGCGGCGAGGACGGCAUCACCUACGACAACAAAUGCGAAAUGGAAUGCGCAGGAGUUAAGGGGGACCACGAGGGCCAAUGCUCGGAGAAAGGUGAGCUGUGUGUGUGUCCUCACAUCUACAUGCCGGUAUGUGGCAAGGACGGCCAGACCUACAACAACCGCUGUCUCAUGCAGUGCGCGGGAACCAGCGAGGUUUCGGACGGACCUUGCCCCACUAGUCAGCCGCAGGUGUGCGCAUGCCCGCACGUGUACAACCCGGUGUGCGGCGCCGACGGCACCACCUACAACAACGACUGCCUGCGACAGUGCGCGGGCGUAGCUCUGGCGCACGUGGGCCAAUGUCAGCACGUCUGCGCAUGUCCGUUCUUGUACUCUCCUGUGUGCGGAGUCGAUGGAAACACCUACGAGAACCAGUGCGAGCUCGACUGCAGGGACGUGAAGAAGGCCCACGACGGCGCAUGUCAAACGGAACCGGAAGGAUGCGCGUGUCACACCAUUUACAAGCCUGUGUGCGGCGAGGACAACCACACCUACCCUAAUGAGUGUGAGCUCCAGUGUCGGAAUGUGAAGAAAGCUCACGAGGGAGAGUGCGGCACCCACACCGACACGUGCAUCUGCCCGCGCAUCUACCAGCCCGUGUGCGGCAAGGAUGGACAGACCUACGAGAAUUCGUGUCAGAUGGACUGCAGGGGAGUUGGUCUCGCCCAUGAAGGGGAAUGUGGGGAAUCAAUUGGCAACUGCGCAUGUCAGCCUAUCCACUUUCCGGUCUGCGGCGUGGACAACGUCACCUAUGGCAACGAGUGUGAGCUGACCUGCGAGAAGGUUCAGAAGGCACACGACGGCGAGUGUGUGGGUGUGCCCACAGUGUGCCUGUGUCAGCCCAUUCACCUGCCUGUGUGUGGCUCGGACGGCAACACCUACUCCAACCUGUGCGAGCUGCAGUGUUUCGGCUUGACUUUCAUACACAACGGGGAAUGUCAGUCCAGCGAUGCCCACUGCGUGUGUCCGCGGGUGUACCAGCCUGUGUGUGGGGUGGAUGGUCUCACCUACUCCAGCGAGUGCUACCUGGACUGCAGCGGGGUCAAGAAAGCGUCGGACGGCGAGUGUCCCCACGUACCCGACGGGUGUCUGUGCCAGACCAUCUACGAUCCUGUGUGUGGCCAGGACAACCAGACCUACCCUAACGACUGUGAGCUCGCCUGCAGGAACGUCAGCAAGGCGCAUGACGGCGAGUGCGCCACUCACACCAACACGUGCAUCUGUCCGCGCAUCUACCAACCCGUGUGCGGACAGGACGGACACACCUACGAGAACCAGUGUCAGAUGGACUGCAGAGGUGUGCACCUGGCUCACGAGGGGGAGUGUGGACACCCGCCCUUGCAGUGCCUGUGUCAUCACAUCUACCUGCCCGUGUGCGGCGCCGACAACGUGACGUACGACAACGAGUGUCUGCUCGACUGCCAGAAGGUUGAGAAGGUGCAUGACGGCGAGUGUCAGGGCGUGCCGCACGUGUGUGUGUGUCACUCCAUCUACUCACCUGUCUGUGGUGCUGACGGCAGGACCUACUCCAACCUGUGCGAGCUCCAGUGCCAUCUGCUGUGUCUGGUGCAGCGGGUGAGUCUGGUGCACGAGGGCGAAUGUGCCACGGAACCCGCCGGGUGUGCAUGCGACAGCAGCUACAAACCUGUUUGUGGGGUCAACAACCAGACCUACCCCAAUGACUGCGAAAUGCGAUGCAGGAACAUCUCCAAAGCGCAUGACGGAACCUGCGGGGCGGGGUCAGGCUUGUGUAUCUGCCAGCCAUCCUACUUACCUGUCUGUGGCAUCGACGGGGAGACCUACCCGAACAAGUGCGAGCUGGACUGUGCCGGAGCGUCGAUGGCUUAUGAAGGCGAGUGCUCCAAAGGUCAUGUGUCCUGCUCCUGUCAGUCCAUCUACCUGCCUGUGUGUGGGGUCGACCACCAGACCUACCCCAACCUCUGUGAACUCAAGUGCAGGGGAGUGGAGAUGGCGCAUGAUGGAGAGUGCAAAGAGACACAGGACGUGUGCAUCUGCCCUCCCAUACUCACCCCGGUGUGCGGAGCUGACAACAUCACCUACCCCAGUCAGUGCGAGAUGGACUGCAACCAUGUAGAGAAGAAGCAUGAAGGCGAGUGUACUAUCACCCCUCCAGCCUGUAGCUGCCCCUCCAUAUACAGACCCGUGUGCGGCCUCGACAACUUGACCUACGACAACGAGUGCUCCUUGAAAUGCCGGGGCGUCCACAAGGCUCACGACGGCGAGUGCCAGCACGGUCCCCCCGUGUGCGCAUGUCCACUGCUGUACCACCCCGUGUGCGGUGUCAACGGCAUCACCUACCCGAACCAGUGCGAGCUGGAGUGCAGGAACAUCAUCAAGGCAUCUGAUGGCGAGUGUCCAACAGAACCCGCCACCUGCAACUGUCCUCACAUCCUGAUGCCUGUGUGUGGGGUGGACAACAGGACUUACAGCAACAAGUGCGAGCUGCAGUGUCACAAUGUGACUCAAGCUCAUGAUGGCGAAUGUACUCACGAGGACUCAGCGUGCGUGUGUCCCCGGCUGUACAUUCCUGUGUGUGGUCAGGAUGGAAACACCUACAGCAACCUGUGUCUACUCAACUGUCUGGGAAUCCCUCUGGCUCACGAAGGGGAAUGUUCCCCGGCUUGCGCGUGCUCCACGAGCUACGUUCCUGUGUGUGGUGCGGACAACAAGACCUACCCCAACCUCUGUGUCCUGCAGUGCCACUCGGUGGUGAAGGUUCAUGAUGGUGAGUGCAGCGCCAACCACGACAUCUGUGUGUGUCCAAAGAUCUAUGCACCCGUGUGUGGAGAGGAUGGUCGCACCUACCUCAACGAGUGUGAGCUGAAGUGUGCGGGCGUGGGCGUGGCUUAUGAUGGCGAGUGUAAAGAGCCUUGUAUCUGCCCACACUACCUGCCUGUGUGUGGUGUCGACGGCAACACUUAUGAGAACGACUGUCAGCUGAAGUGCAGUUGUCCUCCUGUCUAUCUACCCGUGUGCGGCGUGAACGGCGUGACCUACCCGAGUCAGUGCGACCUGCAGUGCAGGAAUGUUCACAAGAAGCACAACGGCGCGUGCGAGGACGACCCCAUCCUGUGCGCCUGCCCCCACAUCUACCUCCCUGUGUGCGGGGUCAACGGGGUCACGUACCCGAACCAGUGCGACCUGGAGUGCAGGGGGGUCCUGAAGGCGCACGACGGAGAGUGUGGCAGCGAACCCGGAGGAUGCGUGUGUCAGCCGAUACUCAACCCCGUGUGCGGCCAUGACGGGGUGACCUACGACAACGAGUGCGAGCUGAACUGCCACCACGUGACCAAGGAGCACGACGGCGCAUGUCAGCAGACAGAAGUGUGCACGUGCCCCAAGCUCUACAUCCCAGUCUGCGGGGUGGACGGCCACACGUACCCGAACAGAUGCGAGCUGGACUGCAGGCACGUGCAGCUGGCCCACGAAGGAGAAUGUUCGCAAGACUGCUCGUGUCCAACCAGCUACAUCCCGGUGUGUGGGCAUGACAACAUCACCUACAGCAACGAGUGCGAGCUGCGAUGCCAGAAGGUGGACAAGGCUUACGACGGCGAGUGCGGGUCAGCAGGCGAGAAGGAGUGUGUCUGCGAUGACGUCAGCAAGCCAGUCUGUGGGGUGGACGGCGUGACGUAUCCCAACGAGUGCACCAUCAACUGCUAUAAGGUGGCCCCAGCUCACGACGGCGCGUGCAAAGCAGACGACAGAAAGUGCGACUGUCCCCACUUCUACAACCCUGUGUGUGGGGUGGAUGGCAUCACCUACAGCAACCCGUGUUCCCUGGCCUGUCAUAACAUCAAGAAAGCCUACAGCGGCGACUGCAUCAACCUGAAGCCAGGGGAAACCUCGCCGUGUUUUCUGUGCCCUUCGACCUAUGACCUCAUGGUCAAGAAGGCGUCUAACGGCUAUUGUCGGAACAAGGUACCCGGACAUAAACAGCCAGUCGUCCCUAUGUUCAUCCCCGUGUGA